UCGACCAUGACAUAGAGAGAUGUGUUGCCGCUUGUCAAACAUGCGCUGAGACACGCAGUUUACCAGUGAAAGCACCGCUCCAUCCUUGGUCCUGGCCGACGCGUCCAUGGCAACGCCUGCACGUCGAUUUUGCAGGUCCCAUAAAAGGUGUUUCAUACUUAGUGGUAGUCGACGCUAAUUCGAAGUGGCCAGAAGUAUGUCCCAUGACCACUACUACUUCAGAAGCAACCAUAGCAUGUAUUCAUGAACUUUUCUGCAGAUUUGGUUUUCCGGAAACAGUGGUGUCCGACAACGGAAGCCAGUUCAUCUCUGCAGAAUUCCAAGUCUACCUCAAGCAAAGGGGUAUAAGACACAUACGUACCGCACCGUAUCAUCCAAGCAGCAACGGCUUGGCGGAACGUUUUGUCCAAACUUUGAAGGCAGCGCUUCGAAAGACCAAUCCGAGGAUAGCGACUGCGGAAAUAGCAGACUUCCUUUUGGCGUAUCGUAAUACGCCUCAUGCUACGACAGGGGAAGCUCCUUCCACCUUGCUCCUGGGACGGCGCCUACGGACAAGGCUAGACCUGGUGCGACCAUCGGUCGAGAACAAAGUGUCACAGCGCCAAUUUCGUCAGACAAGGCGUCACCCGUGUCGUGAGAAAAUCUUCGGUGUUGGUGAUGACGUUCGGGUGCGCAACCUUCGACCUGGACCAAAGUGGCUCUGUGCAACAGUUCUCGCGCGUACGGGACCUGUGUCAUACCGUUUAAGUGUCAUGACUCCACGUGGUGUUUUCCAGUGGGUGCGUCACCAAAACCACAUCCGCAAGGGUAACGCCGACACCACUGACUUCGAGCUACCCUUCGUGAGAAGAGAUCAAGAACCUCCAGUACAGGUCCCAGCUGCCGACUCUUCAACCGAUAACGGCACCACGGCGAUCAUUCAGCGUGAACCGGUGGAGCCUUCAAACUCUGCAAACGAACAUCGUUACCCACAGAGACAGCACCGCCCACCUGAUCGCUAUGUGCCAUAAACUGUCGCGGUUAUACCCGUGUUUCCAAAAUAAGUGUGGGGGGAUGUCGCAUAUCUGUACACGUGUACUUGCGUCAUAGCGUGAUAGCGUUUCCUUGCUGUCACGCGGCCCAUAUCGCGAUCAAAUCACCCUCGCCCACUAUGUGUAUAUAAUCGCUGGCUUCAAGACUGGGUGUGCAUUUU